CUGCCGCACUGAACAUGCCUCAUUCUUUCUCUGUCGUCAUCAUCAUCGACAACUUGUGUUAAACUAAAAAUUGUCACUUUCCUUCCUCUCUAUAAAUACUUCUUUCCGAAACCAAACCCUCUCCAUCCUCUCCUCAGCCCCCAGCUCCUAACAUACAAACCCUACCCCUCCUCCACCACCCAACACAAGAUUCUCACCUACAUUUCCUUUUCUGGGUCCAAUAAAGUUCACAUUUUUAACAUCUGGGCUGUCUUCAUCAAUGCAAAACUAGUCCCUUUUUUUUUAAGAGAAGGAAAGAAACCAAGAAACAUGGCCAUUCCUUAUCAUCAUUUCAAUCUUGUUACUUCUGAGAAACCAGAUAUGGAGAUGCUUUUUCCAUCUCCUGUGGUUUUGACCCAAGAUGAGCUUAAAAGAAUAGCAGCUUACAAAGCUGUGGAGAUGGUGGAAUCAGGCAUGGUUGUCGGUCUUGGUACUGGUUCAACAGCGAAGCAUGCUGUGGAUAGAAUUGGGGAGCUUUUGCAUCAAGGGAAGUUGAAAAACAUUAUAGGUAUACCUACUUCAACAAAAACACAUGAACAAGCUUUGUCUUUAGGUAUUCCUUUGUCAGAUCUUGAUUCACACCCUGUUCUUGAUAUUGCAAUUGAUGGGGCUGAUGAGAUUGAUCCAAAUCUUAAUUUAGUUAAAGGUAGAGGUGGGUCUUUGCUGAGAGAGAAAAUGGUGGAGGGUGUUUGUAAGAAGUUCGUGGUUAUUGUUGACGAGUCUAAAUUGGUUAAGUAUAUUGGGGGUAGUGGUUUGGCUAUGCCUGUUGAGAUUGUGCCUUUUUGUUGGAAAUUUACUGCUAAGAGGUUGCAGGAAUUGUUUGAAUAUGCAGGUUGUGUGGCAAAGUUGAGGACUUUUGCUAGUUGUAAUGGAAUGGAGAAUGGUGGGUUGCCCUUUGUUACUGAUAAUGGGAAUUAUGUUGUGGAUUUGUAUUUUAAGAGAGAUAUUGGGGAUUUGAAGGCUGCAAGUGAUGCAAUUUUGAGGUUAGCUGGCGUGGUUGAGCAUGGAAUGUUUCUUGAUAUGGCGACUACUGUUAUUGUUGCAGGGGACCUUGGGGUCACCAUCAAGAAUAAGAUUAUAAAGUAGUUAGAGAUUCAUGUAGGAGUUAAUUUAUCAUUUUUGAAGAUGUCGGCAAGACGAGUACUGUUGCUGUUCAUUGUUUCCAUAGGGAAGCGGUUUUUGGUCGCCUUAGCAUCAGAUUGCAUGAUUCAUGAGGAUGAUUCUCCUCGAAUUUUGGUAUCGUCUCCGAGUAAGAGGCUUAAAUCUUAGAAUGGGAGGUUGGAAAAUAGGGUUUUAUGCCAGCUGAACGAUCAAGCACAUGUAUGUCAGCUGGAUUAUGAUUUAUUUAAUAUAAGAGAUGCUUCAUUUUUAUCA